AUGUUGGACAAACUCGCCUUUGUGGCCAUGCUCUUUGCGGCCUCUUAUUGCUACGAAUACUACUACUAUGACCCGACCAUCUGUGAGAACGUGCAACCAGGAUUGUGGGUGCGAGACACUCUGGACUGCACAAUCGCCCACCAGUGCGGCUUCGACCUUGAGGUGAUCCAGUCCAUCCAGUGCAACUCUAGCCAAGUGUGGUCAAAACUGGCUUCGGCAUGUGUCUGGGAGUGGGACCCCGAUCGUGAUGACUGCAACGGCCAACCUAAAAUCUCCAUCCUGGCCGACGAAAGGUGUGUGAAGAAGUCUGGUAACAACGCCCACCCUGACGACUGCUCCAAGUUCUUGUCCUGCGCAAACGGCACAAUGAUCGCCGAGCAGCGCUGCGCAGACGGGACACUGUACUGGCCCAAGAAUGAGAGCUGCGAGUUUGCGGAAGCCGUUGCUAACGAUUGUGGCCACAGAAAAAUCCCCAUGUCGAUUCCCAUUUACGAGGACGACCCACUGUGUCAGAAGAACGGCCAAGUCCCCGACCCCAUUAGCUGCCGCCAUUUCAUCCAGUGUCUCCACGGGAAGAAGGUCCAGAGGAUCCAGUGCCCGCGGGGAACAGCUUUCUCCGACAGCACCAGGCAGUGCGAAUGGUACGAGGAAGUCCACUGCGGCAACAGGAAACUCUGA